UCUCUCUCUGUGUAAUCUCUGUGUGUGCAACAAACAUGGCGGUUUUGUCUCAGCCAAUGCGAGAUGAUAUCUCUCAGAUCAAAACAUGCAAGUCCACUGCUAGUUUUUUCACUGGAAUUCCAGUAAUAGACCUCUCAAACCCUGAAGCAAAGACACUCGUAGUCGAGGCCUGUCAAGAGUUUGGCUUCUUCAAGGUGGUCAACCAUGGCGUCCCAGUCGACCUCAUGACCAGAUUAGAAGCCGAAGCCGUCAAGUUCUUCAACUUACCACAGUCUGUGAAGGACAAGGGUGGCCCUGCUAACCCUUUUGGUUAUGGACACAAAAAAAUUGGCCAAUACGGCGAUGUGGGUUGGAUCGAAUACCUCCUUUUCACCACCAAUCCUGAAUUCAUUUCCCAGAAUCUCUCCAUUUUCCCAGAUAACCCAGAAAUUUUCUGGAGUGCUGUGAAUGAGUUUGUAUCAGCUGUGAAAAAGAUGGUUUGUGAAGUGUUGGAACUGAUGGCGGAUGGGUUGAAGAUUGAGCCAAGAAAUGUGUUGAGUAGGGUUUUGAGAGAUGAGAAGAGUGACUCUUGUUUCAGGCUUAACCACUACCCGCCAUGCCCGGAGCUUCAAGCAUUGAGUGGUCGGAAUUUGAUUGGGUUUGGGGAGCACACAGACCCACAAAUAAUAUCUGCGGUAAGAUCUAACAACUCAUCAGGCCUGCAAAUCUCUCUCGCAGAUGGGACAUGGGUCUCAGUCCCACCUGAUCAGUACUCCUUUUUCAUCAAUGUUGGUGAUUCCUUGCAGGUGAUGACUGGUGGGAGGUUCAGGAGUGUAAGACACAGAGUAUUGGCUGCCCGUUUAAAAUCAAGGGUGUCAAUGAUCUACUUUGGUGGGCCACCUUUGACCGAAAAGAUAGCGCCUUUAUCAUCGUUGAUGAAAGAAGGAGAAGAGAGCAUGUACAAGGAAUUCACAUGGAGUGAAUACAAAAGCUCUGCUUACAAGACAAAGUUGGGUGAGAAUAGAUUGAGUUUCUUUGAGAAAAAUGCAAAGCCAGUAGUUGAGUGAUCAUGUGGGUAGAAGAAUUUCCCAUUUAAGGAAAAACUGAGGUUUCCGUCAAGUCUCUUAAAGUGGGUGUGUUUGUGAGGUUGACCCGGGUACUAAUUGCCAUAGAUAGUUGUGAAUGAAAAAUAGGUUUUGCUUUCUUUAUUUCAUUUCAUCACCCACUUCUGCUUUUUGUGUGUUAAUUGCAACAACUACCAGCUAGCUUUAAUGCAAUGUUAUCUCAUCUUCUUGUCAUCAUGUCUAAUCUUAGUACAAAAGCUAUCCCAUAAUUUCAAGUGGAACUCCUUUGAAAAUGUGGAUACUACCAAAUGGGUUGUGUACUUUAUAUAUAUAUAAUUGA